AUGGCACCCUUCUCGGAAUCUCGUCGCAGAACCAGUCGCGUAGUGCAGCACGAUUCGAUGCGCGUCCGUCGGUGCGACCACGAGGGGGUGCGUGCGUACGCCGCGGGCGUGCGUCGCGCGCACGCGCUGUGCUUUCCGGAGGAACGCCCGGAAGGCGACGAUGAGAUCGACGACGAGUUCUUCGACCGCGUCACCUUCACCCACGACGAAGCGUCGGUCACCUGGUUCCUGCUCUGCGACGAGGACGACGACGAAUCGGACGAGGAGGAGGAGCAGAUCGCGCCGGAGGAUCGACACGUCGUGGGGUUUGCCGCGGCCGUGGUGUACGCGACGAGCGUGUACGGCAUGCACGUCGCGGUGGUGCCGUCCUAUCGCGGCAGGGGGCUGGGCAAGUGGCUCAUGAGGGAGGUGCAGCUGUGGGCCAUUGUCGACAAGGGAAAGGACCAGAUACAAGCCACCGUGGACGCCUCCGCGACGAGGCUGCUGCGGUACUACGAGGAGUGCGGCGCUCACACCGAACGCACGGGGUUCGGGAGCGCGGACGCCCAGACGCCCACGGUGGUGCGCAUAGCCCGGACGUUCACCGAGACGAUCGCGCGGCGGGAGGUCGAAUCCUCCCGGGGGCGACGAGGGCGGGUCGGGAAGCGAUUCUACGGCGAAGGCAUCCGAGAGCAAAAGCCGGUGAGGGGGUUCGGGAACGAGGCGUUGUUCGCGUGGUUCGGGUGGUUGCCGGUCGGCUUCCUCGUCGCCAUGGCCGCCGCGCGCCUUAGCAAGUAG